AUGCGAGCAUCUAAUCGACUCCUACGUUGGGCCAUCCCAGUCGGUCAAGCAACGAGUCGGCCGUGGCCCGCGACAUGGAAUAAACCCCAUCUCCGACGUCAUGUCUUCUCCCGCAAAACGCCAGUGCUGCGGCAAGCAGGCGCACAAGCUCGCGCAUUCUCAUCCACUAGGCCAACUCAGUUCAUGCUAGAUGCAGACUCCACAAUCUACGCUCUUUCCACCGCACCCGGCAGAGCAGCUAUCGCAGUGAUACGCGUCUCUGGCCCAGCCAGUGUACCAAUAUACAAAGCCCUUUGUCCAGACAAGCCCGUCCCAAAACCGCGCGUCGCAGCCCUCCGCACCCUCUACGACCCAACCAAACCGCCAACCCAAAACACAGUCCUAGACGCAGGCGCCUUGGUCCUCUAUUUCCCGAACCCCAAAACAGUCACAGGCGAAGAUGUCCUAGAACUUCACAUUCACGGCGGGCCAGCAAUCGUCAAGGCAGUUCUCGCCGCAAUCUCCAGCACAAACAGCCCAACCCAUGAAAUCCGCUACGCAGAACCGGGCGAAUUCACCCGUCGGGCUUUCAUGAAUGACCGACUGGGUCUCCCCCAGAUCGAGGCAUUGGGCGAUACACUCUCCGCAGAUACAGAGCAGCAGCGCCGACUGGCCGUGCGCGGAUCCAGCGACGCCUUGCUAAAGCGGUAUGAAGCCUGGCGACAGCAGUUGCUCUAUGCGCGCGGCGAGUUGGAGGCUUUGAUUGAUUUCUCUGAGGAUCAGCAUUUUGACGAGUCGACCGAGGAGCUGGUUUCCUCUGUUGCUGCGCAGAUUGAGCUGUUGAGUGUGCAGAUUGGGUUUCAUAUUCGGAAUGCGUCGCGCGGGGAGUUGUUGAGGAAUGGGAUUCGGGUUGCGCUUUUGGGGGCGCCGAAUGCGGGUAAGAGCUCGCUUUUGAAUCGGGUUGUUGGGAAGGAGGCUGCUAUUGUGAGUACGGAGCAGGGGACGACCAGGGAUAUUGUUGAUGUUGGGGUUGACCUCGGUGGGUGGUUUUGUAAGCUUGGUGAUAUGGCGGGGAUUCGGGCUGAGAAGGGCGAUGGGAAUGGGGAGAUCGUCAUUGGGGCUGUUGAGAAGGAGGGGAUUCGCAGGGCUCGGGAAAGAGCUUUGGAGUCUGAUGUUGUUAUUGUGGUUGUUUCAAUGGAAGACUCUGCUGAUGGAGUUCGUCUCUUCGUUGAGCCCGAGGUUCUCGAUGCAGUUAGCGACUGCGUGGAUGCAGGCAAGUGUCUGCUUGUGGCGAUUAACAAGUGCGACAAGCUGCACCCUGAUUUGACUGGUGGUGUACCACAGUUGCUAUCUGAUACGAUCCAUGACAUCUUCCCAACGGUACCAGCAGACCGCGUUUUUGCCAUUUCAUGCGAGGAGGCGCAGCGUGGAUCUACGAUGACCAGAGACCCUGGAAACCUACAAGCAUUCCUACGCGGUCUAAUAGCGACAUUCGAGCAGAUUGCAUCGCCUCUCGGCAUGGAAGGGGAUGGAAGUCAACAAUAUGAUACCUCUUAUUGGGAGGAUUCUCUAGGCGUCACCCAUCGGCAAAGCUCCAAUUUACAAAUUUGUCUCGACCAUUUAGACGACUUCAUGUCCCAGGCCUCUUCUGCCAAAUCCCCAGGCUCACACGAGGGUGAACUUUCCUCUGUUGACCUCGAAUCCGAAAUCGAUAUCGUCACUGCUGCAGAACACCUUCGCUUCGCAGCGGAUAUGUUGGCCAAGAUCACAGGCAAAGGCGAAAGCGGAGAUGUCGAAGAUGUGUUGGGAGUUGUCUUUGAGAAAUUCUGUGUUGGCAAGUGA